AUGGACAUCCCCACAGCACCUCCGCCCUGCCGCGCCACCAAGACCCUGCAGAAGCGGAGGCUGGAAGCACUGGGUGCCCUCCACUAUGUGUUGGCUUUCUGGUUGCUGGCUCCAUUCUCCAUCGUCCUCUUCAUCUACAUGCUCUUCACACGGCUCUGGUUUCUGACUGUUCUCUACUUGAUGUGGAUCUACCUGGACCGGGACACCCCUAGCCAAGGAGGAAGACGGAAUGAUAGCACAAGGCACUGGGAAAUUUGGAAACACCAGAGGGAUUAUUUCCCCAUCAAGCUGGUGAAGACAGCAGAGCUGCCCCCCAACCAGAACUACGUGCUGGGAGCCCACCCCCAUGGGAUCAUGACCACAGCACCCUUCUGUAACAUUCUCACUGAGUGCAACAGCUUCUCCCGACGCUUCCCGGGUCUGCAGCCCUGGAUAGCCACACUGGCUGGCAUCUUUUAUAUCCCUGUGUUCCGGGACUACAUCAUGCUCAUUGGACUGCGUCCUGCAAGUCGUCACAGCCUGGACUUUGUCCUGUCGCAGCCCCAGAUGGGCAAGGCAGUGGUCAUCACCAUUGGGGGUGUUCGGGAGGCUCUGUACACGGCCCCUGGCAGGCACUGCCUCAAACUCCUGAAUCGCAAAGGGUUCAUUCGCCUGGCGCUGAGACACGGAGCCUCCUUGGUGCCCAUGUACUCAUUUGGGGAGAAUGACAUAUUUAAAUGUAAGGCUUUUCCCAGGGGCUCUUGGCAGUACAUGUGGCAGGUCACCUACAAGAAGAUCACAGGCUUGCCUUUGUGCAUUUGCUGGGGCCGAAGUAUCUUCUCGCGCAAUUUCUGGGGUCUCCUGCCCUUCCCCAAGCCUAUGACCACUGUGGUGGGCGCCCCCAUCCCCGUGCCCCAGCUCAGCGUACCGACUGUGGAGCAGGUUGACCACUACCACAGACUCUACAUGGAGGCCCUGGAGCGACUGUUUGAGGAGCACAAGGAAAGCUGUGGUGUCCCCGCCUCCACACACCUCACCUUCCGCUAGGCGUGGGCUCACCUACCAUGGAGUUCUGAGACCCCAUCUGCUGCCCUGCUCCAUCCAAUAAAGCCUGUGGUGGAAGUGAGUACGACCUGGCACAGCGCCCCAGGUCUGGUCCUGUCCUGUCCUAUCGUGCUGCAGAGCUGUACCUGCGAUUAGGGCUCAGGACCCUGACUCUCCCACCAGGG